AUGAGCACCGAGCAACUGAAUGUCAACAUCGAGAAGAUCGACGGCCAGAUGAAGGAGCUGAUCGAUGCCUUCGAAGCCCACCCCCAAAUCCAACCCCCGGACACCCACCCAACGCUCUUCUUCCUGCUAGACUUCAUUCGCAACACCCACCGCAUGCUGCAGGAGAUUGACGCCGACAAAUUCGCCUCGGGCGACAAGGCUGCGCGUGAGGCCGCGCAGGAGGUCGUUGGCCGCAAUCAGUUUGCUAACGUGUUGAUCAACGAUUCCACCGGCAAGCUGGCCCUCAUGACGGGGAGUGACCCGAGCAAUCCCGUUGACAUUGGGUCGGAUAUUAAGAGCAAGGCGAGGGCUUUGACGGAGACCUGA